AUGACUGCCAGCGACGACAAUGGCGCACAAGCGUCUACUACACACCAAGCCACCACAACUUCUGCUGUCAGCUGUGCAUCCGACAAGACACCUUGGGAAAGCACUGUUGUGAUCUUGCAGCUCGAUCGCAGUCCCAGCACUUCACCGAUAUCCAAAACCACACAAAUUCUCACCCUCACCAACGAAACCCCUCCCGACAUGUCGAGCGAACCAAAAGACCAAGGCAGCCACAGCGCACCCAACAUCUCCCUCGCCAGCAGAAAGGUGACUCCCACCACCGACGCCGCCAACAAGUUGAGCGCCAUGAAGAUCUCUGGCGAUGCGAGCGGCACAGCCAAGCAGAAGAAGAAGAAGAAGAAGAAGACGAUCACUCCGAUGUUCUACAUCUUCAGCGACGACAGCUCGGAAGACGAGGAAGUUCCCAAGCCCACUCUUGCAUACACCAGACUGCCGCGCGAUCUGGACAACUGGAUGACCAAGGAGGAGUUCGAGGAGAAGGUAGCCAAGGGCUACACGCUUGCGAUGUUGGCGAAGACCGCGGUGGCGAGGAAGAUUGCCGGCGAGAGUGCUUGA